GCCGCCUCCGACCCACCCUCCGGGGCCGGGGGGCUGCGGGGCGGCCGCUGCGGGCACCCCGUGUCCCGCGGGAACUUUCCGCUCCGGCAGCGCUUUCCUCUUCGGGAGCCUCCGCUCUGCGCAAAGUUGACACGUUUUGCGGGCGGGGAGCRACUGCCGGCGAAGUGCGAGCGGGGUGGAAGUCACCCUGUGCGGGCCAUAACUCCGCUCAGCUCCCCCCUCCUCCCCAGCCAACCUUUCUCCCUCCUCCCUCCGUCCCUCCUCCCUCCCUCCUCCGCUGCGUUUCCUAGAAAGUUGUAUCAGUGUGGCCAUGCAGCGCGGAGACGGUUCGCCUGCUCGGGACACGAUUGUGUGCCGCAAGAACUAGCGUGGUGGUUGUGAGAUUUCACCCCGAAGACGCUGCGGAACUCCCACCCCUCUAGGGAUUUUUUUUGGGGGGGUUGCUGUUAGCGGGGAGCUCUGUCCCCCUCCGGCUGCAGGUGAAGGGGGUGCCGGAGCAGGGAGGGUAAGACAUGGAUCUGGCACCCUGCUAUGUCAGGGCAUUUCAUACUUCUCCCCCAUGGUCUGGGUGGGUACCGAGGGGUCCCCGUAAUUUCUUGCAAUAAGGAGAGGGAAAUUGAUUGGGACGGGCUCCCACAGAAGGAAAACGCGGAGCGGAUUUAAUUUGCUUGCUGGAAGGAAGAAAAAGAGAAGCUGUCAUUCGUGUGUGUGUCCCUAACAAGGGCCUCCUGGUUCCUUGUUAGCUUAUAGAGAGGGAAAGAAAAAAAAAAAAAAAAAGCGUUUGAUGUUACGUCUGACCAGCUGCUAUUCUCCAUAAUAACGAGAGAGAACUGCCUGCCCUGGCGAGUUGCGUCACUUCGCUUCAACUUUAGGCUAGAAAUCAAGAGAGGGAGAGACAAGUUUCAAGGGAGGCAGGAGAGAGCUGGAAAGCCCUGCCGUCUUCCUCCCACCCACCUACCCCUCCUCCUUUACCCCUCUCCUUUCCCCACCCCCUUCCCCCCCUCAAAAAAAAAAAAAAAAAAAAAAAAAAAGAAAAAAAAAAGGAGGAAAAACCUUUCUCAUCAGAGAAAGAGGGAGAUCUCUUUGGAAACAUGGAGCUGCUGUGCUGCGAGGUGGAUCCCAUGAGGAGAGCUUUGCCUGACCCGAACUUGCUCUACGAUGACCGCGUUUUGCACAAUUUACUAACCAUAGAGGAAAGGUAUCUGCCCCAAUGCUCCUACUUCAAGUGCGUCCAGAAGGACAUCCAGCCCUUCAUGAGGAGGAUGGUGGCCACUUGGAUGCUGGAGGUCUGCGAAGAGCAGAAGUGCGAAGAAGAAGUUUUCCCUCUGGCCAUGAAUUACUUGGACAGAUUCUUAGCUGUGGUGCCCACUCGGAAGUGCCAUCUGCAGCUGCUGGGGGCGGUGUGCAUGUUUCUGGCCUCCAAGCUGAAAGAGACAAUCCCCCUCACAGCCGAGAAGCUGUGCAUAUACACGGACAAUUCCAUCAAACCCCAAGAGCUGCUGGAAUGGGAGCUGGUGGUGCUGGGGAAGUUGAAGUGGAAUCUUGCAGCUGUCACCCCACACGAUUUCAUUGAACACAUCCUAAGGAAGGUUCCUCUCCCUAAAGACAAGUUGCUUUUGAUCCGGAAGCAUGCACAAACUUUCAUCGCCCUUUGUGCCACAGAUUUUAACUUUGCCAUGUACCCACCAUCAAUGAUAGCAACUGGAAGUGUGGGAGCAGCCAUCUGUGGCCUUCAGCUCGAUGAUGGGGACAGCCUCACGGACCUCCUGGCCAAGAUCACAAACACAGAUGUGGACUGUCUUAAAGCUUGUCAGGAACAGAUCGAGGCGGUGCUCGUGAACAGCCUGCGGCAAGUCCGGCAGCAGCAGCAGCAGAGCAACCCCUCCAAGACAGUGGAUGAACUGGACCAGGCCAGCACUCCCACAGAUGUGAGAGACAUCAACCUGUGAGGACAUCGGCACACAAACUCACGCUUGCUCCCCCAGACCCUUUAUUUUUGUUAUUAUUUUUAGAGUGAAUUUUUUUUUAAUCUGCUCCCACAUAGAACAUAUUUAAAGCUCUUUUAGGUUAAAAAAAAAAAAAAAACAUACAAAAACUUAAAAAUGAAAAAAAACCCAAACAUUUGGUGCCUGUGAUGUUCUACAGAAGGGAAUCCCACAAUAUAUUUGGUAACUGCUAUUUGAUUAUGUAUCAGUGAUAUUAAAUGCUUAUAAAAGCAUACAAAGUAGAUAGAUCAAUGUAAGCCUGCAUUUGUGGGAACAAAGUAGCGUAUACUUGUCUGUGUAUUACAAAGUAGUGCAUACACCCCUUUUUUUAGACUUAAGAAAGGAAUCGUGUGUGCGAUUUUAUGGCUUGACUAGAUUGCAAAGCAAUAGAAUAAGGGGUUUAGGGCAAAGUGGGAGAAGAUCCCUGAAGCAAUUGAACCAUUUUGAAUGCAGAGGUGAUUUGCUGAUCGGUCACCUCUAUUAUUAGUCAGAAGUGUUUGUUGGAACUCUGUAUG